AUGGGUACCGUUAGGUAUCCGCAGCCUCUACGACAGCCUAUCCUUAGGGGAAACUACUGGCAACAGCGAUCGUUAAUUGCGCUGCGUUCGUCUUAUACACCGCCCAUCACAUCGUCCAUCUUUGGCCCUCAUCGUCUGAGUAGCCUAGAUGCGACUGAAUGCGAUCUUCCAGUGCUUUCUGUGAUCUGCCGUUGUUUGACCAGAAAUCGUGCUGACAUAAUUUCUAUGGGAUCAGCUUCACGAAGAUCGCAAGCACCUAUUGACCACACUGCUGGACAACUAUCUAACGAGCCGAAGGCCCCCCAGGAUCCUAUAAGCUUUCCGCAAUCUGGCGAGAAAUUGGCUAACAACAAUGGUGGUGAUAUCGUAACUCAGAUAGAAAAUACGCAGCUCUUCUAA